AUGUCAAUGACAUUUGGGAGCUCGCUAUUUGUAGACGUCAUAGCGUUCGGUUACACAUCCAGUUCUCGCUAAAGUAGAUUUUAUUAAAAAGUAGGAGUAGGAAGGAAAACGACACACGUCAUCACAUUAGGGUCAUAUAGCCUUGUGUUCAUUGUGCAAUAAAAUUAGUCACUGACUCCGUGAGAUUCGUCAUCAUAUUUACCCAAGUCGGUGCGUUGGUCAGUUAUAAACCAUCGGUAUUCAGUGUGUGAUAAGUUCAUCAUCAAAGGAGUUGUUGUUGUAUUAAAAUGAAUCCGUGGCAGCAAGGCCAAGGAAACCCGCAACAACAAUACUAUCCUAAUGUUGGAUUCUGCAACAGUGCCCCACAGUCUUUUGGGAACCCAAUGCCUAUGCCAGGAAUGCCAACAAUGGGAUAUCCAGGACCCCAGCCUGGUGGCGCACCCGGAUACCCCCAGGUAUCGCAGGGUUACCCUCAACAACAAAACUCUCCAUAUCCAAGACAACAAGUAAAUCAGGGUUAUCCAAAUUCUGCUCAAGGGUACCCAGGUCAGGGAUACCCACAGACUGCUCAAGCCGGGUACCCCCAACAGGCUCAACAGGGGUAUGCCCAGCCUGCUCAAAGUAGUUACCCUGUACAAGGGCAAGGUAAUCCUGGUUACCCACAAAGUGGGCCAGGUUACCCACAAAGUAGCCCAGGUUACCCACAAAGUAGCCCCGGCUACCCUCAAACUAACCAAUACCAGGGCCAACAACAAUACGGUCAGUCCCAUGCUAGCCAACAAGCUUACAAUGUUGCAAUGCCUAAGACAAAGCCGACUGUUGUGCCGGCCAAUCCCUUCGACCCCCGGGAAGAUGCCGCCGUCCUUAGGAAGGCAAUGAAAGGUUUUGGCACAGACGAAAAGGCCAUUAUCCAUGUCCUGGCUAGACGCACCAAUGAACAGCGUUUACGAAUCGCCUUUGAGUUCAAGACUCUUUACGGAAAGGAUCUGGUGGCAGACUUGAAGAGUGAAACCAGUGGCAAGUUUGAGGAUCUGCUGGUGGCCCUCAUGACACCCUUGCCCCAGUUCUACUGCAAGGAACUCCACGAUGCCAUCGCGGGCAUCGGGACUGAUGAGGACGUUCUCAUUGAAGUCAUGUGCACCAUGUCCAACCACGAGAUCAACGUCAUCAAGCAGACUUACACUGCUAUGUACGGAAAUCUUCUUGAGGACGACCUGCGCGGUGACACAUCCGGAAACUUCAAACGACUUAUGACGUCACUGUCUAUGGGCAACCGAUCUGAGGACUUCCACGUUGAUGCGGAGAAAGCUAGGGAGGACGCCAGGAGCUUGCUCCAAGCUGGUGAACUGCGUCUCGGCACUGAUGAAUCGGUCUUCAACGCGGUGCUCUGCUCCCGUUCCUUCCCACAGCUGAAGGCCAUAUUCCAAGAGUACCAGUAUUUGACUGGACAUGACAUUGAUGACGCCAUCAAGGCCGAGUUCUCUGGUGACCUUGAGAAGGCUUUGAGGGCUAUUGUAAAAAGCGUCCGCAACAAGCCAAUGUUCUUCGCGGAACGUCUGCACAAGUCGAUGAAGGGUCUGGGCACUAACGAUCGCCAGCUCAUCCGUAUCAUGGUCACACGAAGCGAGAUCGACCUUGGUGACAUAUCGGAUGCCUUCCAGGCUAAAUACGGAGAGACUUUGCAGAGCUGGAUUGAGGGUGACUGCUCCGGUCACUACAAGAAGUGUCUGUUAGCACUCCUCGGCCUUUACUAAACCCAAGCGCUUGAUGUCCACCAUCAGCUUCCAAGUACAUCAACAUUUCAUAAUUAAUUUACUAUUACUCUUUAAAUGUCAGUGGUAAUUGAUGUAAUUCAUGUUAAUUUUAAGUUUGUCUGAAGUAUCUCAACGUUAUUAUUAAUAGGAGUAAGAUUUCUAUACUUUUUUUAAUACGUACAGUUAAUUCUCAACGCUAUAUUGGUCUGUUUAAGGUCGAUGUACAUUU